AUGAUAAAAAUGGAUGACGAAAGAGAUCCAGGAGAUGUGUUUGCUAUACCAGACCUUUGGGGUCUAUCUAGAUGUGUUGAUGAUGUAGUACAACCAAAUAGUCUUUUCUCAGAUCUUAGACUCCCUGUCAUUGACUUUAAACUACCAGACGUUGCAGAGCAGUGUCAACAUGAUGAUUUGUUCUUCGGUAUCCCGGAACUACCCAUAGGCCCAGCAGAGCCAAUUGUUUCUCCAUCUCAAUCUGGUGAACCUCUUGGCGACACAUCCUGCAACGAACCGGUGGGGCCUGAGGAAGCUGAAGGCUUUGAUAUUUGGAUGUUACAGGAGCAAGAGCCUUUACAGGAGCCUGUGAACUAUCAAACAUGGGAUUCCUUUACCAUCGAGCAAUUCAAUGAACCUCAAGCGGCUUAUUUGACCGAAGCUGGAGCUCGAGUGUUCGAUACCGCAUUAGCUGCCGAAGACGAUUUCUUGAAUGCUGAAAAUACUCUUCAUCAUGUGGUGGAUUCGAAGAUAUUCGCUACCUCAGUCCUCGCACUGGGAUUAGGUAGAAAUUCGAUGUUCUUCGCGUGGGAUGUAGAGAAGCGUUCAUUUUAUGCGACCCUUCAGAAGUUCCGAGUCUCUGGUCACACUGCACAAUCUCUCACCGGUUUUUUGGCUCCUUUUUAUGAGUGCGGAAAUAUUACCAGAUUUCUUCAGGACUUUGUCGAAAAGACUUAUUCGUCAAACAAGUCACCAGGUCGAAUCGCCAUGGCGGAGUCUAUUUCAACUGUUCUCGCAACAAUCCAGUCACAGCUGAAUGUAAGCGCUUCUGAUUAUGAGAGCAUUUUACAACUGCAAGCAUUGUUUCAGCCCGUUCACUCAGUUCUCACAUGUUUCAAACGAUUGGUGACGAAGACAUUACCAAAGAAAAGUGAUGAAGCAAUACUGUCAACGCUUUUUGAAGAGAUUCAACUUCUAGAACAUAGGACAGACACUCUCCGAGAUAUUCUUCUUGAAAUACUCUCGAGGGUAUCAAUACCUUGGCUUGAAUUCACCGGUGAAUGGCUUGGAUUACAAAGAGAAGAUGGCGUACCGCUAACCAAGGAUGGUUCUGGGAAGAGCUUUGUAAAGGUCGACAACAAAGAAUGGGUGGAUGAAGCUGGUCUCGAAUUGAAUGAACCUGACUUUAUAUUGGACCUUGAAAGUGUUCCUUCGUUCAUCCCUCUUGAAGAUGCCCGAAUAAUGUUUGAAGUGGGUAGGAGCCUUCGGAUUUUACGGACUCACCAUAUAGACCAUCCUUUGUCGAAAAUGGAAGUCGUGGAGUCGGUUGCACCACCAGCUCUUGAAUGGAAGUAUUCUUGGCAGGAUAUACUGGAUGUAGAGACUAAGGCCUUGAAAUACGAACAGGAUUUGACAGCCGCGCUCCGAAAGUUCUCGGAAAAUCACUCAACGACGGAACCCACAGCGACCGAGUCCAGGUACGAGCUUUACGAUUUUGAUCUGGAUUUCUUCGGCCGACCCGAAGAAGAGAUUCAAACUCGUGUUGUAGCUUCCAUCAAUCGAUUGGACUCAAAAUUAAAGGAGCCACUUACUCCUGUUAAGUUUAAACGUCUUUUACAGGAUUGUCUUUCAUUGGCUCCGGAGCCUUCGCGAGUGGAUGAAUCAAUAUUUUCCCCGCCCAUUUCGCUGGCCCCCAUACUCUCAUUCAAUCCAAUCAUUUCUGCGCAAGCUAGAGUGGUCAAUGGUGUUUGCAUGCAACUAUUCUUCAAGUCUCAUAAGUUACGAGAUCAUCUAUCUCUCCAAAGAGAUUUCCAUCUGUUGGGAAACGGUGUUUUCUCAAGUCGACUCUCUCAUGCACUAUUUGAUCCGGAAUUAGAAAGUGCCGAGAGACAAAAGGGAGUGGCUUUGUCUGGUGGAACCAUGGGUUUACGACUCGGCGGUAGAGACACAUGGCCACCAGCGAGCUCUGAGUUACGACUUGCAUUAAUGGGCGUUCUCACUGAAAGUUAUGCAUCAUAUCAACCUGCGAAUUUCUCUUCCAUUGAUAGCUAUCUUCAAAGACAGAAAUCUCUUCCAGGAGAUCUAAGUUUUGCUGUUCGAGAUAUGUCCGAAGAAGAAAUCAAACGGUGUAUGGACCCAAAUUCAAUCGAAGCCCUAGAUUUCCUACGGCUUUCAUACAAACCUCCUGCGCCGUUGGAAUCGAUUCUGACUCCCAUUAUCCUCUACAAGUAUGAUCAGCUUUUCAAACAACUCCUUCGUACUCUCAGAAUGCUAUAUGUUGUGUCGGCGCUUUUCCGUGAUGCCACGGAUAGGACAUCCUCGUGGCAAAACAUACAUCCCUCUGCCCAGAAGUUCCGUAUUGAAGCUCAUCAUUUCGUUUCUGCGGUCUGUGGAUAUUUCUUCGACACUGGAAUCGCAACAACAUGGGGUAUUUUCCAGAGAAAAUUAGAUGAAAUUGAAGCACGCAUGGACUCUGGGAAUUUUUCGCUCGGUCAAAACGAGGGGCUGGAGAGUCUUAGAGAAUACCAUGAACGUGUGCUCGAUAAGAUGCUAUUUGCGUUGUUCUUGAGGAAGAGACAGAAACCAGUUAUGCAACUACUAGAAGAAAUAUUCGGCCUGAUCCUACGGUUCUCGAAGCACUCAAGAGAGAAGGCUUCGGGAGCAAAGCCAAAUACGGGUAAUGUAGGCGAAGAUGAGAAUAUCCAAGUGAUGUAUGGAAAAUUCAAAAAGAGAGUAGGAGUAUUUGUCACUGUUUGUAGGGGAUUGACGGAAAAGAAGGGGUACGGCGAGAAGACUUUCAAUGCCCAAGCAGGAAGUGGGGGUUUGUUUGACGCUGCGGAUCUAGCAGAAGAAAACACAGUUGGGCAACUGGUAUUAAGAUUAGAGAUGUCAGGUUAUUAUAUGAAAGGGGUAUGA